UGAAGAAGAAGAGGAAAUCUCGCGGCUUUCAUCGUAUUUCGUUCGCCAAAGCGAUUCUGCGAAGGAAAUAAAUGACUACUCAUCCAUGUGCGGCCUGCAAGUUUCUGCGUCGGAGGUGCGAGGCAACUUGCGACUUAGCUCCGUACUUUCCGCCGGAACACCCACAACGUUUCAUCAACGUGCACACCGUGUUCGGAAAGAGCAAUGUAUCUAAGUUGUUGAGUGAAUUAGACGCUAAACAACGCGAAGAAGCUGUUAAGUCAUUUGUGUAUGAGGCAGAAGCGCGUUUGAGAGAUCCCGUUUAUGGCUGUGUGGGUUUGGUAUCAGUUCUUCAACAUAGGUUGAGGGAAAUCCAAAUUGAUAUCGAGAAUGCCAAGAAGGAACUUGUUCAUUACCUCCCUCCUGAUGUUAUUCAAUCUGCUUUGGCCAAUCCUGAUGCUUUCUUUGCCCAACAAAACAACCCUAACUUUCCUCCACUAACUCUAUCGAACAGUGGAAGUAGAAGAAAUUUGGUUAUUUGUGAUACUCAACGGAUGCCAAUUGCACCUCCUCAGUCGGUUAUUCAUGAUUCUCAGCAGAGGUCAACUGUUCCUCCACCUAAUGAUGGAGGAAUUUUGGUCAAUCGUAACACACAACAGCGACCAACUAUUCCUUGGGAGAAUAUAAUGGCCCGCAGAAGACAAUUGACCAUUCGUGAUAAUUUUCCGCGACCAACUGUUACUCCACCAUCACAUACCGUAAGUGUUGAUGGUGGAGAGUUGAUCAUGCGUGAAGCUAAGAAACUUCUAAACAUUGAGCAUGUGGGAAAGUAUCCCAAUGACCAUACUGAGCUUAAUUGUACUAAUGAUGAUUCGGUUCGUGUUCGUGCUGUUGUGCUUCCCUUUGAUGGGUUUGACAAUAGUAGCAACGACGAUAAUCAAAAUCACCAGCAAGGGGAACAAGAACAAUAGAUACAUGUUUCAAUUGAGCUGCAGGAAUCACUAAUAAGAAUGAGAAUAAGAGUAAAAAUAGUUGAAAACAUAGUGGUAUCUUUUCUUAUAUUAUUAUCCGAGGUAAAUUAAACCUCUUUU